GGAAUAAACUCUGUUUACUAUUUAUUGUUUGAUAAACAUAUAACAUUAGCUAGGAUAUCACGUGUAAUACAGUAUCAUUGAAUUAUUUUAUUUUUGGGCGAAAUUAUGACUAAUUAUCAUAAGAAUGUGGGAAUCCAACCAUUGAAAACAUUUUUAGCUCGUGCAAUAUAUGAUAAUCUAUCAGAAAAUCCAACAGAAUUAAAUUUUUCACGUGGUGAUUUAAUCACAGUAUUGGAUAGAAAUCCAUCUGGUUUAAAUGGUUGGUGGGUAUGUAGUAUUCGUGGUCAAUUAGGAAUUGCACCGGGUAAUCGUCUAGAACUAUUAGGCCUUAUAAAUAAUAAUAAAGAACAAAAUAAUUCUGAUGUCUAUGAUGAUCCAACAGGAUGGUGCAUACCGAAUGACAACAACGACAGUAAUUCAAACAAUAGUAAAAAUAGUAUUGUAUGCACAAAAAAGUCUACACAAUUUAAUCCACUUGAAGAAAAUCAUCUUUCCAUGAAUCAAAACUCAUGUUCAGUAUAUGAAAAUGUAGAUUAUUAUACAAAGUAUCCUAGUUCUGUUGGUUUGACAGAUAGUGGAAAUUUCUCUAAUCAGUCAAGUGAUGUAUCAUUCAGUGUACAUUCAAUAAAUGAUGGAAUAGUUGAUCAGAGAAUGAAUCGAGAAAAUUCAUCUGAAGAUUAUGACGAUUUACCAUCAAGUAUACCAGAAGAAUUUCGUGAUACAAAUCAUUCAAUUGAAUAUGAAUCAACUAAUACAAAUUCUUAUAAAAAUGAAACAACAUUAAAUAAUUUACAUGAUACUAUGAAUUCUUCUAAGCAAUUAAACAAUAAAAUCUUGUUUUCUUUAAAUACACAACAUAAAUCUACUGAUAAUAUAAUAAAUUCAGUAGAUAAUUUAAAUUCUAAAAAAAUUUCAGAAAAUAUUAUUCAUUCAUUUAAUGAAAUUAAUAAUGAUAAACAAUUUAAAUCAUCAUUAGAAUUAACACCAAUAAUGUUUAGAACAAUGAAAGAAUUUACAGAUUAUUGGUUACCAAUACAAGAACGUAUACAUGAUAAAUGUUUAAAUUUAAUAAAAUUAUUACAUCAACAUGAUAUAAUCCAUUCAAUUCAUUUAAUAACUUCAUUAAUUACACAAUUAAAUAAUGAAUUUAUAAUUAUGAGUCAAUUAUGUACAGUUAUGAUUGGUCUUUCUAAACAAACAAUAAUAAUAAAUAAUAAUUUAACACAAAAAUUUAUUAUAUAUCGUUAUAAUAUGGAAAAUUUAGCUGAAUUAUUUAUUAAAUUAUCAAAAAAUAUUAAUAUUAUAGAUAUCAAUAAUCAAUAUCAAAUAAAUAAUAAACAAUCGAUUAAUACCACCUAUUCAAUUAAUAAUAAUAAUGGUAACAAUAAUAAUAAUAGUAACAAUAUUAAUAUUAAUAGUAAUGAUAAUAAUAGUAAUAAUAAUAAUAGUGAAGAGAGUAAAACUUUACUUGAACAAACAAUUCAACAAUUACUUACUGAAAUUAAUUUAUUUUAUACAACCAUUUUAAUAAAUUCUAAACUAUUAUUUAAUAAUUUAAUGAAUAAAUCUAUUGAAUCAAAUGAAAAAUAUUUUUCUUUAUUAAAACAACAAACAAAUAUAUUUAAUAAAUUAAGUAGAUCAAUUUCUUCAUUUCAUACAUCAUCUUUAAAUUCAUCAUUACAAUUAUCCAAUAAUGAAUCAAAAUAUUUAUCAAAAUCAUAUGAAUUUAUUGAUCAUUUAACUAAUUUAAAUCAAAAAAAUUUGGUGGGAAAUUUAAAUUUUCAAAAAUUAUCACAAUUUUGUUUAAAUUCAUUAAAUAUUAUUGAUAAUUAUUUAAAUUAUUUAAUACAAUUUCAAAAUGUUACAAUAUUAUAUUUUAAAAAUUUUAAAAAUAAUAAUUUUUUAAUACAAUUUAUAAUAGAACAAACUAAAUUAGUUAUGGAAUCAUGUAGUCAAUUAAUACGUUAUAUUAUGUCUAUAUGUAAUGGAUUUAAAUCAUUAUCAUCUAUAUAUAAUAUCAAUGAUGAUUAUAAUACAAAUAUAUUAAUAUUAAAAAAAUUAGAGUAUAUGACAGAUAAACUUUGUGAAUCAUUAAAAAGUUUAAUAAUACUUACUAAAGAAAUUGCAAAAUUUCUUACAAAUGACUAUGAAAUUAUAACAUCUUAUAAAAUGAUUCCUAUACCUGGUCCAUUAUUACAACGUUUAAAUGGUGCAUUGAAAUCAAUUCAAAAUUCAAUUAAAACAAUUCAUGAAUUAAUAAAAGAAUAA